UGCCCACGUGGGCAGGCGGCGAUGGCGGCGCUGGUGGCGGCGGGCGCGGCUGGGCCGCGCAGUCGAGACGGCCCCGGCACAGGUCAGCCCCUUCGAGGCCGUGUGGCCAAUCAGAUCCCCCCUGAGAUCCUGAACAACCCCCAGCUGCAAGCGGCCAUCCAGGUCCUGCCUUCCAACUAUAACUUUGAGAUUCCCAAGACUGUCUGGAGGAUCCAGCAGGCCCAGGCCAAAAAAGUGGCCUUGCAGAUGCCUGAAGGCCUCCUGCUCUUCGCCUGCACCAUUGUGGAUAUCUUAGAGAGGUUCACGGAGGCAGAAGCGAUGGUGAUGGGUGACGUGACCUAUGGGGCCUGCUGUGUGGACGACUUCACCGCCAGGGCCCUGGGCGCCGACUUCCUGGUGCACUACGGCCACAGCUGCCUGGUUCCCAUGGAUACCUCAGUUCGAGACUUCCGGGUGCUGUACGUCUUCGUGGACAUCCGGAUCGACACCGCCCACUUGCUGGACUCGGUCCGCCUCACCUUCCCCCCUGCCAGUGCCCUUGCCUUAGUCAGCACCAUUCAGUUUGUGUCGACCCUGCAGGCUGCCGCACAGGCGCUGAAGGCCGAGUACCGCGUGAGUGUCCCGCAGUGCAAGCCCCUGUCGCCAGGGGAGAUCCUGGGCUGCACCUCCCCUCGCCUGCCCAAAGAGGUGGAGGCUGUGAUAUACCUGGGAGACGGCCGCUUCCAUCUGGAGUCUGUCAUGAUCGCCAACCCAACCAUCCCUGCUUACCGCUAUGACCCAUACAGCAAAGUCCUGAGCAGGGAGCACUAUGACCACCCACGCAUGCAGGCCAAUCGCCAAGAAGCCAUCACCACCGCGCGCACAGCUCAAACCUGGGGCCUGAUCCUGGGCACUCUGGGCCGCCAAGGAAGCCCCAAGAUUUUGGAGCACCUGGAGUCCCGGCUCCGCGCCUUGGGACGUCCCUUUGUGAGGCUGUUGCUCUCGGAGAUCUUCCCCAGCAAGCUGAGCUUGCUCCCGGAAGUGGAUGUGUGGGUGCAGGUGGCAUGUCCACGCCUCUCCAUUGACUGGGGCACAGCCUUCCCCAAGCCACUGCUGACGCCCUAUGAGGCGGCGGUGGCCCUAAGGGACAUUACCUGGCAGGAGCCUUACCCAAUGGAUUUCUAUGCCAGCAGCUCCUUGGGGCCCUGGACAGUGAACCACGGAAGGGACCGGCUCCCUCCUGCUCCCGGGCAGCCCCGCGUGGGGAAGGUGCAGGAGAGGCCCACGCGCCCCUCGCCAGCCCCGGCGUGUGAGAGUUGCAGCUGCGGAGACAAGGCGGCGGCGCCACCUCCCGCUGUUUGAGAGGCUGGGGCUCUCGCAGGUAUCCGCGUCGGCCC